CUCCUGUGUUUUACAGGCAGUCAGAUGCCCCCUCAGCCACCUGGGAGCCAGUCAGAAUCCAGUUCCCAUCCUGCCUUGAGCCAGUCACCAAUGCCACAGGAAAGAGGUUUUAUGGCAGGUACACAAAGAAACCCUCCGAUGUCCCAGUAUGGACCUCAGCAGACAGGACCAUCCAUGUCACCCCACCCCUCUCCUGGGGGCCAGAUGCAUCCUGGAAUCAGCAGCUUUCAGCAGAGUAACUCAAGUGGGACGUACGGUCCACAGAUGAGCCAGUAUGGACCACAAGGUAACUACUCCAGACCCCCAACGUAUAGCGGGGUGCCCAGUGCAAGCUACAGCGGCCCAGGGCCCGGUAUGGGUAUCAAUGCCAACAACCAGAUGCAUGGACAAGGGCCGAGCCAGCCAUGUGGGGCUGUGCCCCUGGGACGAAUGCCAUCAGCCGGGAUGCAGAACAGACCGUUCCCUGGAAACAUGAGCAGCACGACCCCCAGUUCUCCUGGCAUGGCUCAGCAGGGAGGGCCAGGAAUGGGGCCGCCAAUGCCCACUGUGAACCGUAAGGCACAGGAGGCAGCCGCAGCAGUGAUGCAGGCUGCUGCAAACUCAGCACAAAGCAGGCAAGGCAGCUUCCCGGGCAUGAACCAGAGCGGCCUCCUGGCCUCCAGCGCCCCCUACAGCCAGCCCAUGAACAACAGCUCCGGCCUGAUGAACACGCAGGCGCCGGCCUACAGCAUGCCGCCCACCAUGGCGAACAGCUCCACAGCAUCUAUGGGUCUUGCAGAUAUGAUGUCUCCCAGUGAAUCCAAACUGCCCAUGCCUCUCAAAGCAGAUGGCAAAGAAGAAGGCACGCCGCAGCCCGAGAGCAAGUCCAAGGAUAGCUACAGCUCUCAGGGUAUUUCUCAGCCCCCAACCCCAGGCAACCUGCCAGUCCCUUCCCCAAUGUCCCCCAGCUCUGCUAGCAUCUCCUCCUUUCAUGGAGAUGAGAGCGAUAGCAUUAGCAGCCCAGGCUGGCCAAAGACUCCAUCAAGCCCUAAGUCCAGCUCCUCCACUACCACUGGGGAGAAGAUCACGAAGGUGUACGAGCUGGGCAACGAGCCGGAGAGGAAGCUCUGGGUUGACCGGUACCUCACCUUCAUGGAGGAGAGGGGCUCCCCCGUCUCCAGUCUGCCUGCGGUGGGCAAGAAGCCCUUGGAUCUCUUCCGACUCUACGUCUGCGUCAAAGAGAUCGGGGGUUUGGCACAGGUUAAUAAAAACAAGAAGUGGCGUGAGCUGGCAACCAACCUAAAUGUUGGCACUUCAAGCAGCGCAGCAAGCUCCCUAAAAAAGCAGUAUAUCCAGUACCUGUUUGCCUUCGAGUGCAAGAUCGAACGAGGGGAGGAGCCCCCGCCAGAAGUCUUCAGCACCGGGGAUGCCAAGAAGCAGCCCAAGCUCCAGCCGCCCUCUCCUGCUAACUCAGGAUCCUUACAAGGGCCACAGACACCCCAGUCAACUGGCAGCAACUCCAUGGCAGAGGUUCCAGGUGACCUGAAGCCACCCACCCCAGCCUCCACCCCUCAUGGACAGGUGACCCCAAUUCAAGGUGGAAGAAGCAGUACAAUCAGCGUGCACGACCCAUUCUCAGACGUGAGUGAUUCGUCAUUCCCCAAACGCAACUCCAUGACUCCGAACACCCCCUACCAGCAGGGCAUGGGCAUGCCGGACAUGAUGGGCAGGAUGCCCUACGAACCCAACAAGGACCCCUUCGGUGGAAUGAGAAAAGUGCCUGGGAGUAGCGAACCCUUUAUGACGCAAGGACAGAUGCCCAACAGCAGCAUGCAGGACGUGUAUAACCAAAGUCCCUCUGGAGCCAUGUCCAACCUGGGCAUGGGGCAGCGGCCGCAGUUUCCUUACGGAGCCAGUUACGAUCGAAGGCACGAACCUUAUGGGCAGCAGUAUCCAGGCCAAGGCCCUCCCUCAGGACAGCCACCAUAUGGAGGACACCAGCCUGGCCUGUACCCACAGCAGCCGAAUUACAAGCGCCACAUGGACGGCAUGUACGGGCCCCCAGCCAAGCGCCACGAGGGGGACGUGUACAGCAUGCAGUAUGGCAGCCAGCAGCAGGAGGUGUACAACCAGUACGGGGGCUCGUACUCGGGCCCGGACAGGAGGCCCAUGCAGGGCCAGUACCCGUACCCCUACAGCAGAGAGAGGAUGCAGGGCCCGGCACAGAUGCAGCCGCACGGAAUCCCGCCACAGAUGAUGGGGGGCCCGAUGCAGUCGUCCUCCAGCGAGGGGCCUCAGCAGAAUAUGUGGGCGACACGCAAUGAUAUGCCUUAUCCCUACCCGAACAGGCAGGGCCCAGGCGGCCCCGCACAGGCACCUCCUUAUCCAGGCAUGAACCGCACGGAUGAGAUGAUGGUACCUGAUCAAAGGAUAAAUCACGAGAGCCAGUGGCCUUCUCACGUCAGCCAACGUCAGCCUUACAUGUCCUCUUCAGCCUCCAUGCAGCCCAUCACGCGCCCGCCACAGUCAUCCUACCAGACGCCACCGUCACUGCCAAACCACAUCUCCAGGGCGCCCAGCCCGGCCUCCUUCCAGCGCUCCCUGGAGAACCGCAUGUCACCCAGCAAGUCCCCCUUCCUGCCCUCCAUGAAGAUGCAGAAGGUCAUGCCCACAGUCCCCACGUCCCAAGUCACUGGGCCACCCCCCCAGCCACCCCCAAUCCGGAGGGAGAUCACCUUUCCUCCUGGCUCAGUAGAAGCAUCACAGCCAGUCUUGAAGCAAAGGCGAAAGAUUACCUCAAAAGAUAUCGUUACUCCUGAGGCAUGGCGUGUGAUGAUGUCUCUUAAAUCAGGGCUUUUGGCUGAAAGUACUUGGGCUUUGGACACUAUUAAUAUCCUCCUCUACGACGACAGCACUGUUGCUACUUUCAAUCUCUCCCAGCUGUCUGGCUUUCUAGAACUUCUAGUAGAGUACUUUAGAAAAUGCCUGAUUGACAUUUUUGGAAUUCUUAUGGAAUACGAAGGGGGACCCCCCAGCCAUAAAGCACUUGACCACAAUGCAGUGAAGAAAGAUGACAGCCAGUCCUUGGCAGACGAUUCCGGGAAAGAAGAUGAUGCUGAGUGUGGGGAGGAGGAGGAGGAUGACGAGGAGGAGGAGGAGGAUGACAGUGAGAAGCCCGAGGCCGAUGACAAGAGCUCUAGUGCUCCCACCGCCCCUGAUGCCUCUGCAGAUCCAAAGGAGAAGCCCAAGCAAGCCAGUAAGUUUGACAAGCUGCCAAUCAAGAUCGUCAAGAAGAACAACCUGUUUGUGGUUGACCGCUCUGACCAGCUGGGGCGGGUGCAGGAGUUCAGCAGCGGCCUUCUGCACUGGCAGCUCGGCGGGGGCGAUACCACUGAGCACAUCCAGACCCACUUCGAGAGCAAGAUGGAAAUCCCUCCUCGCAGGCGCCCGCCUCCACCUCUGAGCUCCACAGGCAGGAAGAAAGAGCAGGAGGGGGAAGAGCAGCAGGAGAAGAGCAUCAUAGCGACCAUCGACGACGUCCUAUCCGCGCGGCCGGGAGCGCUGCCUGAAGACGCAAACCCUGGGCCCCAGGCUGAGAGCAGUAAGUUCCCCUUUGGUAUUCAGCAAGCCAAAAGCCACCGGAAUAUCAAGCUGCUGGAGGACGAGCCCAGGAGCCGGGACGAGACUCCUCUGUGCACCAUCGCACACUGGCAGGACUCGCUGGCCAAGCGCUGCAUCUGUGUGUCAAAUAUCGUCCGAAGCUUGUCUUUCGUGCCUGGCAAUGAUGCCGAAAUGUCCAAACAUCCAGGCUUGGUGCUGAUCCUGGGAAAGCUGAUUCUUCUUCACCACGAGCAUCCGGAGAGAAAGCGAGCGCCGCAGACCUACGAGAAAGAGGAGGAUGAGGACAAGGGGGUGGCCUGCAGCAAAGAUGAGUGGUGGUGGGACUGCCUCGAGGUCUUGCGGGAUAACACGCUGGUCACGUUAGCCAACAUUUCUGGGCAGCUAGACUUGUCUGCUUACACGGAAAGCAUCUGCUUGCCGAUUCUGGAUGGCUUGCUGCACUGGAUGGUGUGCCCGUCUGCAGAGGCCCAAGACCCCUUUCCAACGGUGGGACCCAACUCGGUCCUGUCCCCUCAGAGACUUGUGCUGGAGACCCUCUGUAAACUCAGCAUCCAGGACAAUAAUGUGGACCUGAUCUUGGCCACUCCUCCAUUUAGCCGUCAGGAGAAAUUCUAUGCUACGUUAGUUAGGUACGUCGGGGAUCGCAAAAACCCGGUCUGCCGAGAAAUGUCCAUGGCGCUUUUAUCGAACCUUGCCCAAGGGGACGCACUAGCAGCCAGGGCAAUUGCUGUGCAGAAAGGAAGCAUUGGAAACUUGAUAAGCUUCCUAGAGGAUGGGGUCACGAUGGCCCAGUACCAGCAGAGCCAGCACAACCUCAUGCACAUGCAGCCCCCGCCGUUGGAACCGCCUAGUGUAGACAUGAUGUGCAGGGCGGCCAAGGCUCUGCUGGCCAUGGCCAGAGUGGACGAGAACCGCUCGGAGUUCCUUUUGCACGAGGGUCGGUUGCUGGAUAUCUCGAUAUCGGCUGUCCUAAACUCUCUGGUUGCAUCUGUCAUCUGUGAUGUACUAUUUCAGAUUGGGCAGUUAUGACAUAAGUGAGAAGGCAAGCAUGUGUGAGUGAAGAUUAGAGGGUCACAUAACUGGCUGUUUUCUGUUCUUGUUUAUCCAGCGUAGGAAGAAGGAAAAGAAAAAUCUCUGCUCCUCUGCCCCAUUCACUAUUUACCAAUUGGGAAUUAAAGAAAUCAUUAAUUUGAACAGUUAUGAAAUUAAUAUUUGCUGUCUGUGUGUAUAAGUACAUCCUUUGGGGUUUUUUUUUUUUUUUAAGUUCUGCUCUUUUUUUUAACCAAAGUUGCUGUCUAGUGCAUUCAAAGGUCACUUUUUGUUUUUCACAGAUUUUCUUUUUAUUGUUCUUUUCCAUGUUAUAUUGCAUUUUUUGGGGGAAGCGAAUGACUUGAAAAAGUUGUGGCAAAAGAUGCUAAGAUGGGAAAAAUUUCACCACACUGAGGUAAGAAGGUGAAAAAUGAUCAAUUUCCUAUGUGUUUUAGUCUUCAGAGAAUGGAAAAACCUGCAUCCCAUCACUCAAAGCUCUGUGCAAUAGAAACUUCUAGAGACAUAGGUGUAGGGGCGCAAGGAGGUGUAGUCAGAACUAUGAAAUUAAACUGGUUUCUCCACGGGAAAAUGGUGACAUUAGGUUAGGAGCAAAAAACGAUGUUUUUUAAGUUAAGAUUGAAGAUACAUACCUGACAACGAUCAGUGGGAACUGCUUCCUCACCACUACCGUCAUGUCUGCUGUCUGUCGUCUGACCUUCCACAUGACAGUUCUUCACAAUUCCUUUAAUCAUUUUUUAAAUAUUUUUUUUACUGCCUAUGGGCUGUGAUGUAUAUAGAAGUUGUACAUUAAACAUACCCUCAUUUUUUUUCUUUUCUUUUCUUUUUUUUUAAGUACAAAGUUUUUAGUUUCUUUUUCAUGAUGUGGUAACUACAAAGUGAUGGUAGAUUUAAAUAAUUUUUUAUUUUUAUUUUAUAUAUUUUUUCAUUAGGGCCAUAUCUCCAAAAACAGAAAAAAAAAAAAAGAAAGAAAAAAUACAAAAAACAAAAACAAACAAAAAAAAACAAAAAAAAGAGGGUAAUGUACAAGUUUCUGUAUGUAUAAAGUCAUGCUCUAUUUCGGGAGAGCGGCUGAUCAUAAUUUGCUUCAUGAAUCAAGGUGUGGAAAUGGUUGCAUAUGGAUUGAUUUAGAAAAUGGUUAUCAGUACAGACAAAACAGGAAAAAUACAACUGAAAGGAAGAAACACAACUUCAAAGAUUUUUCAGUGAUGAGAAUCCACAUUUGUAUUUCAAGAUAAUGUAGUUUAAAAAAAAAAAAAAGAAAAAAAAACUUGAUGUAAAUUCCUCCUUUUCCUCUGGCUUAAUGAAUAUCAUUUAUUCAGUAUAAAAUCUUUAUAUGUUCCACAUGUUAAGAAUAAAUGUACAUUAAAUCUUGUUAAGCACUGUGAUGGGUGUUCUUGAAUACUGUUCUAGUUUCCUUCCAGUGGUUUCAUAGUAACCAAGUUAUUUACAGAAAGAAGGGAAGUUCGUGAUAAAGCCCUGAGGUCUGAAGGGACCUUCAGGGAUUACCUGCUUUAGAGUGGGGAGCAACAGUUGGAUUUUCUCAAAUUAUUUAGCUAACUGGUCUUUUUUUUUGAAGCAAUUAACUCUAACAACAUUGAGGUAUGAUCAUUUUCAGUGUAUGUGGGAGGUGGUAGCCACCCCAUCCGAGGUGGCUCUCCAAAGCUCAGUGACCUGAAAAUGUAACAUUCUGCCUUUUGCUAACUCCAUCCUGGUUUUAAUCAAAGUCCAUGUUUCUUCUGUGUGCCUCAAAGUUAUUUUGCAUUUAGUUUACUCCACCGUGUAUAAUAUUUAUAUUGUGCAAUGUUAAAAAGAAUAUGUUAUAUUGUAUGUGUGUACAGAGUGCAAAAGGGCGUAUUAUUAUUCUCAUAUUCCUUCCUACCUGGUGCACAGUAGCUUUUUAAUACGAGUCACUUCUAAUUUAAACUUUUUCUUCCUGGGUCAUUGACUGUUAUUGUGUGAUGAUCAAGUUCUUCAAAACCGCUGCACGGUUAUGCUGUUCGUGGACCCCCUUCUUAUUCUGACUCUACCUCUUCUCAGCCCCUCCCAAUCACGGCAUUCUCAACAACUCCCAGUCUUCACCAAACCUGCUGUCUCAGUCCCUGUUGCUCUCAGUAAGAGACAGGAGCGUUAGACAGGAA